AUGAAGACAUUUACUCAACUCUUUGUCUUUGGCCUUCUACUUCUUAACCUGAUUGUGGCACUUCAGGCCGGACUGUUGUUUACGAGAAACGGUGUCAUAUAUUGCAAACUGAGUACAAGAGGAUCAUGUGAUAAUAUUUCCCCCUUCUGUGUGCAAAUCAAGACGGCAGAUGCGGCAGCAAACACUAACCUUUGCAAAAACUAUAAAAGCGAAUGCCAAUAUAUGAUUGAAAACUGUCUGGGAAAAACGCAAUAUGGGCGUAAUGGUUUACCAGUAGCUGCUUCAGUGUGUACUACUGCUACUAUUUCAGUGGGAUUAACCGGAAAUUGUGCAUAGAAAUUUUAAAUAAAUUUGUAGAAUUUAUAGCUCUGCAAAAUGUG